CAACACCAACACAGUGUAUGUUUUUAAUAUUGUUAUUUUGUCGUCUGGCAAUACUCUCUCUCUCUCUCUACCCACCUACCUACGUGUGUGCAUUGUUAAUCAUCUAAUAAUUAAUAAAAGUGCAGUAAAAUACAUAAUCAGCGUAUAAUUCAAGCGUAUACAGUCCCGCUUCGCAACAUGGUCCUUCGGCUUUAAAGGAUCCAACGGGGGAUACACAAUUCACGAGCUGUUGGCAGAACAAAUACGGCGCGACGCGCUCACCAACUCGUUCCCGCCACUAUUUCUACGGGUCUUCGGUUCGGCGAGUGCGCGAUUUCGUGUCGGUCCAGCAAGCCAGUGCAUAAAAAACUAGACAGUGCAGUGCGUUAGUGCCGUUACGAUCAUACAAAGACAUCAAAUCUGGCAGAUUUGACGACGCGACGACUUCGCGCUCAUCAUCAGGUUCCCGCCAUUACGACGGUGAAUCGGCGCGAACGCGCUAUUUCGUGUCGGCUAGUGGUGUCGGCCAAGUUACGAGGUUCAUAGUCUGUGAACGCGACACGUCAAGCAAGCAGGGUGAAUAUUCUGAGCGCUAGGGACAGCAAGUUCGACAACUAGCGCCAGCGGCGAGCCUUGGAACUACGCGUGGCGGCCAAGCGGCGAACAUCGGCGGCCAUUCUGACGGUUUACUUUUUUCACUUGUCAAAAAUUUUCUCGUUGGAUUCAACAACUUUGCGUCGAAGUUAAUUUAUUAGUUUUUGCGAUUUAAAUCAUUGAAAAAGUAACUUAUAUUGUGUAAAUUUGUUCAGAACUUAAGUAUUUGUGUUAUAACCAAAGAUUUAACUGUGUUCUGUUGUUUGUAAAUAAGUAAAAAUGGAGAAGUUACAAGAGCUUGUGUCAAGAAGGCGUUACACAAAAGAUCUCCUAACAUCGAGAGCCUACCAAAUGGAGAGAGACACCGCCAUGGACCCUACCGUGGAGGACCUGCUCAAGUUUAUUGACAAGCAAGCACUGGCAUUGGAGAAUGUGGGGCCGGCCUGUGGCCAGUCGCAAUCACCACGACACACCAGUCAGCAGCAGCACAAGGAGCAGCGUCCAGCAUCCACGGGCAAACCGGUAGCGUACACUGCAGCGCAGGAGGCAUCAUGCUUACUAUGCUAUGCUGCCACCGGAGUCGACGAUCUACGAGUCUGCAGCGCCGCCUAGCGGAGCGCAGCCCUCGGCGCCAGGUGCCCGGCAUCCACAGCUCAUCAACACGCAGUUCGGCUAUGUAAUCGGGGGAAGCCUGCCUACACAAGUCUGCAAUAAGGUAGCAGUUUUUAAAUGCACAUGUGAGUCAGAUAUUAAUGAAAAUUUAACGAAUUUUUGGAAGAGUGAGUCCGUUCCAGAAAUUUAUAAUGAAAAGUCUUCAGAGCAAGAGCUCUGCGAGUAUGUAUUUCAAAAGACUGUUCAGUUGAAGGAUGAUUGUUUUGAGGUUGCUUUGCCCUUGAAACUGCCAUUAGAAGAUGUAAACGAUGCUCUUGGAGAUUCAUUUCAUUUCGCGUUAAAAAGGUUUUUAAACCUCGAAAAGAAAUUGCACAAAGAUCCCAACCUUUUCAUAGAGUACCAGAAGUUUAUACACGAUUACAUAAACUUAAAUCACGGGCACUUCGUAGACAUUGAGAGCUACCAGCUUAGUAAGGACGCAGUGUACUUUCUGCCGCAUCAUGCGGUACUCAAGCCUGACAGUAAGACCACUAAGUUGCGUACUGUUUUCGACGCCUCAAUGAAAACAAAUAAGAAGGUAUCGCUUAACGAUUUACUGCUAAACGGACCGACCGUACAGAGAGAUCUUUUCGACAUACUGCUCUUGUUCCGUUUCGGUAACUAUACGUUCACUACGGACAUAAAACAAAUGUUCCGCAACAUCCGCGUAAUUCCUGAGCAUACUUCCUUACAGAACAUUCUAUGGAGAGACAGCCCCGACGAGACCAUCAAGUGCAUUAGGCUGGAUCGAGUAAGCUACGGGCUGAAGAGCUCUAGUUAUCUAGCCACGCGGUGUUUGAAAGAGCUUGCUAUGCAUAAUGAGCGCGAACUGCCCUUGGCUUCGUUCAUUUUAAACAACUGCACGUAUGUAGAUGAUGUACUGUUCUCAAAUAGUGAUUUAGACUUGAUAGUAGAAGCAAAAUCACAGCUUCAGCAGUUACUGAAAAAAGGCAGUUUCAAGUUACAUAAAUGGUCAGCAAAUGACAGUAGAAUAUUAGAAGAUAUUCCCUCAACUGAACGGCAUUUUGACGAGUUAGAAUUUCAAAAUGACAACUGUAGUAUAAAAACCUUAGGUUUACAGUUGAUUGUGCAUCAGGACAAGUUUAAGAUAGUAAGUCCAGAAUCAUGCGAUGCAGAUAAUAUUACGAAACGUGAAAUAUUGGCGUACAUAGGAAAAUUCUAUGACCCGAUGGGUUUUGUAGGACCUAUAGUUGUACAGGCUAAGUCUAUAAUGCAGAAAUUAUGGUCCAGCAAAUCAGACUGGGAUUCCACGCCUGACGAUAACAUUAAAUCAGAGUGGACAGAAUUCUUAUCUAGUCUAGCUAAAAUGGAUCCGAUUUAUAUAAAUAGAAAUGUACAGUUCUCUGAUUCAGAUACAGUUGAACUCAUAGGCUUCUCUGAUGCAUCCAGUUCGACUGCAUACGGCUGCUGUGUGUAUCUGCGCGUCACCGACAAUGAAGGUAAAGUACAUAUGCAUUUACUCUGCUCGAAAUCCCGCAUAAAUCCUCUCCAAAAUAAAAACCUAACCGUGCCACGCUUAGAAUUAAACGCUGCGCUACUCUUGUCUGUGUUGAUUGCUAAGGUUACAAACACGCUUAAAUUGAAACUAAAGAUAAGUAGAAUUUACUUGUUUACUGAUUCCCAAAUCGUGUUGGCUUGGUUACGGACUGAAGUGAUGAAGUUGACGGCUUAUGUGGCGAACAGAGUGAAAGCUAUAACUAACAAUACUGCUGACUGUCAAUGGCUGUAUGUCAACACCAAGGAGAACCCCGCCGAUUAUAUAAGCAGGGGCGUCAGUCCACACGAGCUUAGUGGCUGCGAUAUGUGGUGGCAUGGGCCUCGAUUUAUGCAUGACAGUAAGUACAAGUUUGAUGAAAAUAUACAGUUACCUGCAGAAUUACCUGAGAGCAGAGCCAGCGCAGCGAUCUCCUCCAACGUAGGGUCUGCGGCUCGUCCAGUGACCGACAUAUUGCAAGGUAUACACAAAUAUUCUAGCAUCCAAAAAAUGGUACGUGUCUUAGCCUAUGUGUUAAGAUUUAUUAAUAAUUUAAAAGGCAGUAGGGUCUCGCAUAACUUUUUGUCGAGUACAGAAUUAAACUCUGCGCUAAUGUUGCUCAUUAAGUAUGAACAAGAGUUAUAUUUUAAGGAUGAAAUUGAAAGUUUAAAGAAAAAUGAAUGCGUCAAAGGCUCGUUAUUAAGUUUGCAUCCGUUUCUAGACAACCUAGGUAUUCUGCGUGUAGGCGGCAGGUUACACCACGCUAGUAUACCGUACGCACAAAAACAUCAGGCUAUAUUACCUAGAGAAUCGUACGUCACAGAGUGUUUGGUAAGAUCAGAACACGAACGCUUACUACACGCCGGACCUAGGCUGUUAUUGUCAAAUAUAAA